AUGGCGUCUGAUAAGAAGAUAAGAAGACGUAUGGCUCGCACGACAGCAUCAACUGACCAAACCACCACUGACGAUUCCUUUGAUGAAACGAGCUCUGUGCCCUGUGCUUCUCGUGGAGACUACUCAGGAGAUCACUCUUCGGUUUCAAAAUUUGCGGAAGCAAUGAACAAUCCAGAUUGGCGUCGUCGACGUGGUGGCUGUAGCGCUUGUGAGUCCACAGACACAACAACUAGCGACCCGAGUCGCAGUGCCCUCCAAAGUCAUGAGACCUCCCAAACACCAGUAACCAGUGAUUUACUCACUUUCCAAGAGAACAAUUCGGUAAUUAAUCCAUGGGAUUUCAUUGAUAGUGCCAACCACUGGCAAUCAAGUGUUGGCACUUCUGACAUCGAAACAAGAGAUACGAAGGCCGAUUCUGUCGAAGAGCUUCAUGCAACUCCGGACCGAAACAACUUGCAUAUCAUAGAGAACGAUACUACAGAAGAAGAAAUUAGUGGGCUAUGUAGUCUUUUGCAACGGGCCGACUUGAUCGGUGGUCGGUUCAGGAAUCGUCAAGUCGAGAUCCUUCAACUCGUCCCCCUUUUCUCGGAAAAUGACACUUCUUCGAGACCUGGCCGGUCGCCGAGCGAUGAUCGAGCAUACCCUAUCGCUCGUAUACAACGCGUGCGCAAAGUUCCACGGUCGGGAUAUUCGGAACAACCCCAAAGAUCUGACCAAGAGACCAAGCACCUGAUGGGUGUAGUGGAUGAGCAAAGGCUCACACUUACUGCCAGUGCUCCCAACAUUCCAAUGCGAGACAAGAAUUCUUCCAUUGGAAACCGCGAAGUGGAAAGACUUGAAAAGGCAAGACAAGCUGUGGUCAAUGACCCAGCUGUUACUGACAUUGGGUUCGGAAAUGCUCAAGCUCAGUCUACAACAACAGGUAGCACGAUUAUAAAAGUUGACCAGCCAAGAACAGACGAGGAACUUCGGCAGAGAAAUUUUGCUUUUCAGAAGUUUCUGCAAAAGCUCCAGCAAGAUAAGUCAGGCGUGCAACCUGAAGAUUCGAGAAACAACGAAGAAAUUCGACGCAGAGAUGAAGCUUUCCACAGAAUCCUAAAAAAGCUUCAGAAAGGAUCGGGACAACAGACGAAAUCCGUAAAAGAAUACUCAGCAGAGAGUUCUGUUUUCCACCACAAUUGUCCUUGGGGAUCGAAAUCGAAUCAUGUUCCACCCGCAUCUACACAACGACGCAAGUUUGACAGCUCCGACUCUGGCAUUGAUAUGCCUUAUAGCAUAAAGUCAAGGAGUAAAGAAGAUUCUCAGGACUCUGGAAUUUCUGUUGGUACCAACGCUCUCUCCCAGGGCUUGAACCCUAGAGCAAGAGAGUUUCUUUCUUUCGGAGAAAACUUUCAAGCAACGUCGGGACAUCAGGAUAUCGCAAAUCUAUCAAAUGAAAGCACUUUUGAAACAAUGGGCUCGAAUAAGAGUAACAAGGUAGACAACGUCACUGGUAAAACUCCUGGGAGAACUGAUUCGACGGAUCCCAGUCUUACUUGCCCCAUCAUGGAGCCUAAACAUGGUGAUAGGGGCGAGGCAGGCACUUCAACGCUUGACACCAAAGCGAUUCAGUCCUCAAGCAAGGGUCAGGUGAUGCUAAACUAUACAACAAACAUGAUCCCAACACCCAAUUUUGCAUUUAACGUAUAUCCGACUGCUCCCUACAACUCUUCUCUUCAGGACAUGUACCCCCCUGCACCUUUGGCUGGCUUUGGCCACGGCUCAAACCUGGCAAACUUGGCAAACCUGGCAGCGCCUGCUACUUUUGCAAACCAACUUUAUCCCACAACUUUCGACCCUGUUCCGCAACUAUGCGGCGUUGCACCUGGGCCUCUUCUGAGUAAUAAUGGUCCACAGAUGCCCUACAACCCGAUGAUGGGAGGUGGCUACUCAAGUCGCCCGACUCCUGUUUCCAAGCCGACGAACCCUGAUCCGAUACAACAGCAGAAGUACGAAGCCUACAUCGAAUGGCGUAAAGUCAAUGAGCCUGGAUAUGCCCUUGCCUGCAAGUCCCGACAACAACGCCGAGCGCAGCGUGGUCCAAUCCCUUAG